GUACACUUAUCUCCACUCCAGUCAACGCAGUAGCAAGAUGCGAGCCCUGCUGUUGGUAACACUGCUAGUCGCAGGGGCCCUUGCCACUGCUCCAGAAAAGCCCAGGAGGCACCUGGGCGCGCGGAAUGCUGCCAACAUCAACGACUACAUCGACCAGGUGCUGCCCAACAUCGCACAGUUCCUGGCGGACCAUGGGCUGGACCCCAUCGCAUUGCCGGAUGACGUCCAGAGCUUCUCGGAGGAAGGACCGCUGGGGAUCGUGUGGCACGGAGAGGUGGGGCUGUUCGACGGCUCUUUGUCCGGACUGUCACAGGUGGUCAGGGCGGGAGAUGCCUUCCUCGACUACUCCGACCUCCACUUCAAGGUCAACAUGACGCUCGGCUUCACUGCAGUUGACCUGACCUACGGCUUCGAGUGCCAGCUGAUGGACAUCGGGCCCAAAGGCACGCUGUACGGAACGGUGCACGACCUGGCCGUGUUUGCGGAGCUCUCGCUGGACAUGAGCAACCUCACCAGUCCCGCCGUCGCGCUCAACGACCUCUACUUCUCCAACGCGGGGACGCUCGACAUUCACAUAGAGGGCAUCGGACUGGACCUUCUUGACAACAUCCUCGCCGACAUCGUGACGGGGCUCUUCCAUGACGUCAUCAUCGACGCCAUCGAGGACAAAGCUCGUGAGGUCAUUGAGAAUGCGUUGGAUGGACUGAGUAUGAAGACGCUGUUGCCUUUCGUGAGCCGACUCAUCAUCAACCAUCGCUCCCACCUGUAG